AUGCUUGAUGUCGCAGUAAAAUUUGUGAUUUGCAUUCGUAGAUUUUUGAACGAAACGUGGGCGAGAAUAGGAGACAACGGUGGUAUCCCAAUCAAAGGAAAUCCAUACCGCAUUCUACCUUGGACCUUUUCCAAAUUCAUCGAGAAGAAAAGAGAACAAAAAAGAAAUAUUUUACUUGAGCUUUUGGCAAUGAGCUUUCCAGAGCUUUGA